CGAGCCAAAAGGACCGAGAGGCUCGCGCCAGGCGAGGCGUCGCCCAGAUUCCACAUCCGACGCAGAGCAGCGAUCCCCUUCCCCUCACGGUUGCAAAACGGCAUCGAUGCCGUGCGGAGUGUGCGGCUGCGCAUGCCGCACCGGCGGCGAGGCCCCCAAUGGGGAGCUGGAUGCGCCGCUGCCUGACAUUGAGACAGGAUCUGGCCAGGGCGCGGCGCCACUGGACGCCCAAGUAUCGCCGCUGAACAUCGCUAUUCAUCGGGUAUCAUUGUUCUUGGUGUGGGUGUAUUUGCUGGAUUUAAUGAGAAGAUUUGCGAUGAAACAUACCGACGGAGACAUAUGGUUUAGCACACUUGCUGUGCUUCUUAUGGCCUUACCGGUGACAGAGUACUUCUUAAUUACUGCCAUGUGUGAGCACAACCCAGAUGGUUUGAUGUGGAGGCUAUAUUGAUAUAGCGAAGCAUUCUCUAGCCCACACUUGAUACCAUCCCCUCAUGUUGGCUGACAUGUUUGGUACUGUUAUUGGCAUAUAGUACUUGUCAUGUGCUGUCCUACUUUGUGUCAUUUUUAGAGCUCUGAGGAAUACGUGUGAGCCUUAUAAACCCGAAACGAGAGAUGCCGUACUAUGUUGUUCCAAUGUUGUAUGUUGGUGUUGUUUUCCUAUCUAUGAAUACUACAUGCCUGUUAUAUAUAUAGCUGGGCAAUAAAUCAA